UUACGUCUGUUACUCCAUGUCGAGGAGCACAGGCCGCACACCAGCAUUCUCCAUCCAACCCUGUCCUGGGCAAUCCUUUCCAGCUCCUUCCAGUUCUUAUUCAUCUUUUUUCAUAUCUGUUUCUAUUUCCCGACAUGAUGUGUCCUUUGGCCUUCCUCUUUUCCGCUUCUUCUCAGGAUUCCAAGUUGGGGCUUGCCCCGUGAUGCAAUUUGACGAUUUGCGUAAUAUAUGUCCUAUCCAUUUCCAUCGUCUUUUCCUAAAGUCCUCCUCAGCUGGAACCUGGUUUGUUCUCUCCCGCAGAAAGCUCUUGUUGAUGGUAUCCGGCCAAUGGAUGUUGAGUAUCUUGCACAGUCAACUGCUUAUAAAUACUUGUACCUAUUUGAUGAUGGUUGUAGUAGUUCUCCAAAUUGUAGCUCCGUACAGUAGAACUGUCUUGAAGUUCGUAUUGAAGAUUCUCACUUUGAUAUUGGUUGAAAGUUGUUUUGAGUUCCAUAUAUUCUUCAAUUGUAGGAAUGCAGCCUUCACUUUGCCAACCUGUGCCUUCUCAUCUCCAUCAGAUCUUCCUCGUUCAUCGAUGAUGCCACUGACUAAGUACGUAAAAUAUUCCACCAGUUCAAAAGUUUCUCUAUCAAUUGUGGUUGAGUUGAUGUUCUCCAUGUUGUAUCUGAGGAUCUAGCUUUUCCCUUUGUGUAUAUUGAGGCCUACUGAUGCAGAGACUGGUGCUAAACUAACUGUGUUCAUCUGCAUUGGUUCGUGUGUAUGAGAUAGAAAAGUUAAAUCAUCUGCGAAGUACAAAUCUUUGAAUUGAUACCAAACUGUCUAUUGUAUUCCGUGUUUCCUCUCACAUAUCAACGU